CCUAUGUGUGGUGCGCAGACUUGGCAUACGGUGGCGGUUAGUGGAGUCGGCAGCCACAGUGGCAGCCGCAACAGCUGUGGCAUGUCUGAGUAGAAACCUCCGUUGUUUUGUCUCAGGAGCAGCGUUGAAUCUCCACCUUAAUGAUGGGACAGUGUGGAAUUACGUCCUCGAAGACGGUCCUGGUCUUUCUGAACCUGAUAUUUUGGGCUGCUGCUGGCAUUCUUUGCUAUGUUGGAGCCUAUGUCUUCAUCACUUACGAUGACUACGAUCACUUCUUCCAGGAUGUUUACACUCUGAUCCCUGCAGUGAUCAUCAUAGCAGCCGGUGCCCUGCUUUUCCUUAUUGGACUUAUUGGAUGCUGCGCCACAGUGAGAGAGAGCCACUGUGGACUUAUGACGUUUGUCGUCGUCCUCCUGCUGGUUUUCAUGACGGAAGUGGCUGUGGUGGUUCUCGGAUAUAUUUACAGAGCAAAGGUUGAAGAUGAGGUCAACCGUUCUAUCAUAAAAGUUUAUGACGAGUACAAUGGCACGAAUAGCAACGCCCAAAGCCGAGCCAUCGACUACAUUCAGAGACAGCUUCAGUGCUGUGGCAUCCACAAUUUCUCAGACUGGCAGCACACGCACUGGUAUGAUAAGUCAAAAAACAACAGCGUUCCCAUCAGUUGCUGCAAAACUGCUGGCUGCACAGGGUCUCUUACCCAUCCCGAAGAUCUCUACCAAGAAGGUUGUGAAGCACUGGUCGUGAAGAAGUUACAGGAGAUUAUGAUGUAUGUCAUCUGGACUGCGCUGACAUUUGCUGCCAUGCAGAUGUUGGGGAUGCUGUGUGCAUGUGUCGUGCUGUGCCGCAGAAGCAGAGCUCCUACCUAUGAGCUUCUUAUCAACGGGGGUACCCAAGCAUAAAAAGUGAAACACUUUUCUCAAUGUAAGCAUCUUUCUAAAUAUGUAUUUCUGAUGAGAGGAUAAAGAAAUGUGUUGUCAGGCUUAUCUUUAUACACUAAAUAAAGUAAAUGUUUUUAUGUUGAGCUUUUUUUUUUUUCAAAAGGCUUUUGGCCUCACUAAUGGAAGCUCUCUGGAAAUUAUUCAUACUUAUGCUUUGAGGGGGACAUGAGCCGUAUGUUUAUUCUCACCCAAACCAGAUAAAAAAAAAAAAAAUGAUGGACAGGGUAUUUUCCUUAUUGUAGCUGACAUAACAUAUAAAGGGUCUGCAUUAUUUUUAUUUUUGAAUCUGUUAAGUACUUGAAUGAAGGAGUGAGAUGUCUACUUUGCUGUAACUUUUCAAGUAUGACUACUGCUCUAUUUGACUUUUCUCCGUUAUGAGUAAUGGAUACUGCCGUCUCCCCAUUCAACUGCAUGGUUUUGUGUGUAAACUGUUACAUAACUGGCUUUACCUUAUGUGAGCUUUAAUUUGGAAAUAAAUGUUUAGUAUCUGACCUCUUUGAGGUAUUAAUUUGUUUCCUAUUUCAUAGAUUUCUUUUCUAGCUGUUUAUGUUUGUCCCAACUACUGUACUGCAGUUUGGUUUGUUCAAAUGUAGCAAUGAUGAGACUUGAGAAUGUAAAUAACAUGUGUUUAAGUAAAAGUUUAAAAUAAAUUAGAUCCGUUUCUGGUUUA